AAGUAGGUGCCCGAAUCCGAAAAAGACAACACCCUUCCUUCGUUAAAGAAUCUGGUGGUAUCCCAACACAGUUCGUCUCCCUCUUCACCAGAGUCCUUCCUACUUCAUCCCCUCUCUAACCACUUCGCACAACACCCCCACUCUCUCUGAAGUCCUGCCAACCUUUCAACCUCUCUCUCUCUCUCUCUCUCUCUCUACUCCCUCCAACCUUUCAUCAUCUUCUUGCUCAUCUCUCGAUCCAGGUCUUAAAAAGCAAGCCCCCUGUAGCUUGGCUCCUUGCAUCUCUCUCUCUCUCUCAUGGCAUAUAAAACACUGAUCACCGUCUUCCUCAUUUCCGCAGUCCCACUGGCUAUUCUUCUCGCUCUAGAAAUCAAAUCCCCAUCGAACGCCACCUCUUACCCCUACCAAAGCCAGGGCUGGUUCAGGGAAUGCAGCAAAUGGGACGAUCACGACCGUCGAUUCAUAGUCUCCUUCAUGGAAGGCGGCAUCGGUCAGAUUUCCGUGCCGAAAAAUGAAGAAUCGCGGUCGCCGUUUCUCAAAGAGGAUCUUCUCGUCAAAGACGCCGACCUUGGAGGGAAUGGGACCCUUGGAUUAAGGAUCGACCGGCCCAGAAAUCGGCUCGUCGUGGCCGUUGCUGACGUCUGGGGGAACCGGUUUGGCGCGGUCGCCUCGUACGAUUUGUCCACGUGGCGGCGACUAUUCCUCACAGUUCUCGCGGGGCCAGAGGAUGGAGAAUCGUUGGCAGAUGAUGUUGCUGUAGAUGAGGAAGGAAAUGCCUAUGUGACGGAUGCCAAAGGAAAUAGGAUAUGGAAGGUUGGGCCAAAGGGUGAGCUGCUAUCCACCAUAAUGAGCAAAGCUUUUAGUGAGAGAAAAGAGUGGUAUUAUAACUUGGUGGGACUCAAUGGAAUAGCUUACCAUCCCAACGGCUACUUGCUGGUGCUCCACACUUCAAGUGGUGCUCUCUUUAAGGUUGACAUAGCAACUGAGGAAGUCACUAAGGUUGUUUUAGUGAGAGGUUCAUUGAUCACCGGCGAUGGUAUUGAGCUUCUCUCCCCAACUAAGUUGGCGGUGGCUGGGGCUGUGCCUUCUUGCCGAGUGGUCACGAGCUCGGAUGAUUGGGUGACGGCGGCUGUGGUUGAGAGAUAUAUGGGGCCCAUGCAUAGGUUUGCAUCUUCGGUGACUGUGAAGGAUGGCAAGGUUUAUGUGAAUCAUUUAUUCGGGUUGGGCCUUUGGCAAAGGAAGCAUUUGAUCACCGAGGCUGUGUUUUCACCCCUGUAAUUUCUAGGUCUAGAUUGUUUAGAAGAGAAAAGUGAUUUGGUCGGUAUUCAUGUUUUCUUGUUUAGUGUUACUGAACAUUUUAAUGGAAAAACUGGGCUUAUAAUUGGAAAAUAGAAAUUGAAAGCCUCAUGAUAGCUAUGUUUUAUGCUUGCA